AGACAUGAAGAAUAAUCCUAUAGCUCCUCUACCACGCAAGAAAAAGAAGAAGAAGACGAGUCCUCUUCCAUCGUUUUCAUCAAUCCCAGAUGAUGUCAUAGUGAACGUCUUCGCUCGGCUCUCGAAAUCUCACUACAGUUCCCUCUGCUUAGUCUCCAAGAACUUCUACUCUCUCCUCUCUUCUCCAGAUAUCUACUUUGCUCGAUCCCUUGUCGGUAACACAGACUGCGCUCGCCUCUACGUGCGCCUAUGGCUACCCAAUCCCUCCUCCAUCAGUCAUCAUCACCAUAGCUGGUUCAAUCUCGGCUACCGUCAGGGUCGGUUAAGUUUAGUACCGGUAAAAGCACUCUCUUCCUCUGGUUCACCCGACCGGUUAAACUCAGCCACUGUAGCCGUCGGUUCCGAAAUCUACGAGAUAGGAGGGAGCAACGAGGAGCAGCGGACCAGAGCCGUUAGAGUUCUUGAUUGUCGGAGUCACACGUGGCGUCGUGCUCCAGACAUGAAGGUGGCAAGGAAACACGCAAAGUCUUAUUUGUUGGAUGACAAGAUAUAUGUAAUAAGGGGAUGCACAAGAACAGAGGUAACCAUGACUUGGGGUGAGGUUUUCGACCUGAAGACUCAGACUUGGAAGACGUUGCCUAAGCCUCCUCCUAGUGGUGAUGACGUCAAUUCGGUUUACCACGGUGUAGUUUUUGGAGGAAGGCUAUACGGUUUCACUGUGAACAACAAGAACUAUGCAUACGAUCCUAAAGAAGAAAGAUGGGUACGAGAGGCGGGGUUUGUCGGUCUAGGGCGUAUAUCUGGACCUUGGUGCGUUAUAGGAAAUGUAAUAUUUGCUGAACAUGGCCGUAUGCUCAAGUGGUGUGACCCAAGAAAUGGAAAGUGGUCAGUGGUUCAUGGUUUGAGUUUGAUACCUGUGUUCACGAAACAUUACAGAAGGACUCAGUUAGUUAACCAUGGUGGGAAACUGGUAAUAAUAUGGGAGGAGUGGAAUGGGGAUCAGAGGGACAGGAGUGUUUGGUGUGCGGUGAUUAGCUUUGAGAAACGUUUGACUCCAUCAAGUACUAUGUGGGGGAAGGUCGAAGAGUUCAAUGUUGUUUUGGAUUCAGUCCCCAAGUCAUUUAAGCUCUCAAGCUGCCUAUCGCUUUUGGUCUGAAACAUAUUUAUAUUUCUUAUAAGAUGAUAUUAUUCGCUUUAGUCUAAAAUCUUAUUGGUGUUGCAUUGUUUGUAUGUUAUCUUGUUUUAACAUAUGAUGAAUUGCCAAAACAUAUUUUCUUAUUUCUGUAUUUUCCGAUAACAGCCCGGGGUUUUUCACCAGUAUUUCCACACGAGCAACAACCGUUAGAGAAGUGAUGAAAAAUCUUUGAAUCUCCCAUAACGAUCUCUCUUCUCGUCACUUUCGAAGCCUUCUCCAAGAACUCAUGACAUCUUCUGCAGAUUCUCGUGUUAUUCCUUACCAAAACUGCUUUUCCUGUUUCCGUGGAGAUCAAUCUAAGACACGUGGCGAAUCUUACCGAAUGUCUUCUUGGUGAACUGUCUCUUUUCUUCAAUAUUGUCUCUGGUCUCAUCUUCGAAACACAGUGAACAUACCUGUCUUCUUAUUCUUCUUCUUCUUCUUCAUCAACCAUCCUCAAGACAAUAUCGAAGACUUCAUAGACCUUGUUAGUCUCCAAGUGGAUCUAUCUCCGUUUGUUAAUCUGUUAGUGCAGAUGAGGCCACGAAAAAUAUAGUACAGAAAAUAAAGACCCAUCAAAUUUGUUAACGGAGUUCUUUUCAUAUGUCUCAGACCUCAUCUAAAUUUCUUUGACUUAUAACAAGGGGCAACAUAAAAUUAUUAUUAUAUAGUACAACAAACACAAUAAUAUUCAUCACUCUUUUCUAAAUAAACAAUCUACAAAAAUUAGGAAUCGAGCACAUAUGCAUGGAUAACCAUUAGCUCACCGGAGUAUACUUAUCUUUUACAGCUGUAAUCUUUAUAAUCUACCAAUAAAAUCUUUUAUGCUAAAGUCUCCCUAAAUCUAAACUUUAAUCUUCUAUCUCUUCAAAAAUAUUUCACCAAGUACGUCAGCACCCAUUGCACACCAGUGAUUCCAAACUUGAUCACUCAUACACACACAAAACUACCCACAAGUUUCACACAAUGGCUGAUUCCACCACCAUGGGCGGAGGUAGUGUAUGGGAAGUGGAGUCAGCUGACCCCACUACUUUUUAAAAUAUAUUUGUUUUUAUCUAGGAAAAAAAUUAUUGACCCCAAUAAAAUAUAAUAUCUGACCCCAUAAAAAAUACAACUCCAGUAGAAUUAUUACAACACACUAGAAAAUAAAGCUAAACUUUAUAGUUUUUAAUGGUUUAUAAAUUAUGUUAUUGAAAAAAAAAAAUUGACCCCGGUAUAAAAAAUUUCUGCCUCCGCCAGUGUCGACCACCAAAGCGCCAACACCAACGCCACCAAAGUAAAAAGUCAAUAUCAAACUCCAUCAGAAACUACUAAUAUAGAUCACCUCAACAUACUGCAUCUUCAUAAUCUUCAAACCGGUAGUUCAAGUGAAUGUUUCUCAAUAUGCCAAUUUAGUAUUUUUUACUUUUAAUACGGGGACUUGCUUUUAAACAAAGAAGGUUAAAGCCCUUUCUUUUUCAACAAGGAAAAAAGGUCAAUCUUUUCUCUAGGGUUUCUAGCCCUAACGAAUCCUUACUUCAG